CGCCGCCGGCGAGGACAAACAGAACCCUAACUGAGCCAAAGCGAUAGCAAGUGGAGAGACGAUGGCCGGGAAGGGGGCUGCGGCGGCGGCCGCGACGGCGGCGAAGUGGGCGGAGGGGUACCCGUGGCGGGACAAGCUGGCCAAGUACAAGGGGGAGCUCGGGAAAGGGGUGUGGGGGUACUGGGAGCUCGGUGCGUGGAAGCCGCUCGGCCUCAGCGCCCGCAAGCGCGCCCGCCUCCGCAAGGAGGUCCUCCUCGCCGGCGAGGACUGGACCUACGACCCGCCCCGCGGAGAGAUGCGCACCAAGCGCAAGGGGCACAAGUGCGACCGCAUCGCCGCCGAGAAGCGAGCUAAUACCGUUGAGCUGAUGAAGAAGAUGCCCCAGAUGCUGCUCGACUACAAGAAACGUAGGUGGGAGAAAAAGAUGAAAGAGGAGGAGAGCGGAAAGAGCUGAAAUCAAGCUGCUCAUUCAUGGUGCUGCUAUUCCUAAAUAAAAAGUUGAAACUUUGUUCAAGAGGUUUAUAGGAUGGCUAGAUUCUGAUGCAUACUUUUCUUUUCCUUUGUGGCCUAUUCUGAUGCGACUUUGGAUGCAAAAUUCUGAUUGUAAUAUUUUCCAACACUAAUGCCCCUGUAUCAUGAUUUUAGCCAGUCCCAACUUCCGCUGAACUAGUAUUUUGUUAAAACAAAUCACUUAUAAUUA